CUCCACACUCAAAGCUCUCUCACACCCUUUUCUUCUUCUUCUUCCUCCUCUCCUCUGCAACUCUCGGGGCUCCUUGCCCCGAAUCCGAGCUUGAGAGAAUGUACUCUGCUAUGCAUUCUCUGCCUUUGGAUGGGGGUGUUUGUGGGCAUGGAGAGUUUAGUGGAUCGUUGGAUGGUACGAACUUGCCGGGUGAUGCUUGCUUGGUUCUGACUACGGAUCCAAAGCCGCGGCUGAGGUGGACGGCGGAGCUCCAUGAGAGGUUUGUGGACGCUGUCACUCAGCUUGGUGGCCCUGACAAAGCGACACCUAAGACCAUUAUGAGAACAAUGGGAGUAAAAGGCCUUACCCUUUAUCACUUGAAAUCACACCUUCAGAAAUAUCGACUGGGAAAGCAAUCGUUCAAAGAAUCAACUGAAAAUUCAAAGGAUGUUGGGAUUGCAGCAUCUUGCAUUGCUGAAUGUCAGGACACUGGGUCUUCGGCAACCUCAUCAAGAGUGAUUGCACAAGAUUUGAAUGAUGGCUUCCAGGUUACUGAGGCAUUGCGUGUACAAAUGGAAGUGCAAAGAAGACUGCAUGAGCAGCUGGAGGUGCAGCGUCGCCUUCAACUUCGAAUUGAAGCACAGGGAAAGUACCUACAGUCCAUACUUGAGAAAGCUUGUAAGGCUCUGAAUGACCAGGCUGCAACUGCUGCUGGACUUGAAGCUGCUAAGGAAGAACUCUCUGAACUUGCUAUUAAGGUUUCCAGCGACUGUCAAGGAAUGACUCCACUUGAUACCAUAAAAAUGCCAUCCUUGUCUGAAAUUGCUGCAGCAAUAGAGAACAAAAGUGUCCCAAAUAUACUGGCUCGCAUGGGCAACUGCUCUGUUGAUAGCUGCUUGACAUCAACUGGAAGCCCUGGUUCUCCAAUGGGUAUGAGUUCACUGGCUGUGAAGAAAAGGCAAAGGCCCUUCUUUGGAAAUGGAGAAUCGUUGCCCUUAGACGGCAACAUGAGGCAAGAAGUAGAAUGGAUGAUGAACAAUAUUGGAUGAAAACCUCGAUUCUUUAGAAUUUGAGAUCCCCUUUCCGUACAACUUUUUUGUACCAGUUGUCUAGUUAAUCUAAACACAUAUCUUUUGUAACACCCAUCAGUGUUCUGUAUAUUGGUAAGCAGACUGUUUGUAGUGUGGGGAUCCCCUUUACUUUCAUACCGUUGCCGUGGGGUUUGGAACAGCAGAACCAGCUCAAAUUUUUGUUGUUGUCAUCCUAUUGCAAUUAUCAGUAAUUACUUUUAUGAGCAUCAAAGCCGAGAUGUAUGGAGUGCUGAUGACAUGAUAUACAGAAAAAUCAUUUCAACCCAGUAAUCUCGUAGAAACUGAAGUUAACAAAAAGUAGCAGAAAUGGUGCCACUGCACUUGGGAAGGGGGAUGCUUAAACAAAAUCAUAGUGUACCUGGAGAUAAUUCAACCAUGAAAACUAGCUUACAAAUUCAGCUGGGUAACAUGUCUGCACUUCACAAACUUUACUGUUUUGAAGAUACUGACUUCAUUAUAAUUGUUGUGCAGAGUGCAGACACUGACUUCAAAUAUGUAUAUCUGUUUGAUUAAUUCAUU